AUGGUAUUCGAAUACGAAGGGUUCAACUCGAAUACGAAGGAAUACGAAGGGUUCAACUCGAAUACGAAGGAAUACGAAGGGUUCAACUUGAAUACGAAGGAAUACGAAGGAAUACGAAGGGUUCAACUCGAAUACGAAGGGUUCAACUCGAAUACGAUAGGCUUAACUCGAAUACGAAGGGUUGAACUCGAAUACGAAGGGUUCAAUUCGAAUACGAUGGGUUUAACUCGAAUACGAAGGAUUCAAUUCUCAGAAUUUUGGACAGAUGAUCCCGAACAUCGAGAUCC